UCCAAGAAGCCCCUUUGAGGCUUCAAUCAAAACCACCAAUUCGAUUAGUCUCACUUAGAUCAAUGUCGAAUCAACUAAGAGCUAUAACGCUAACCCAUGUUCGUUACUUCAAAGGAGAUCAAUUAGGCCAUUUUCUUGCAUGGGUUUCAUUAGUUCCGGUGUUCAUUGGCCUAGGUGGUUUUGUUUCCCACUUCCUCUUUCGUCGUGAGCUUCAAGGUAUGUUUUUCGCUCUAGGGAUAUUGAUUUCCAAUUUCAUAAAUGAGGUGAUCAAAGCAUCUGUCCAACAAGCCCGCCCAGAAACUUGCAUCAUGCUUGAAAUGUGCGAUUCACAUGGUUGGCCUUCGAAUCAUUCGCAAUACAUGUUCUUUUUCGCAACCUAUUUAACUUUGUUGACUUACAAGAAAAUGGGAAUUAUGUUUAGAAAGCAAAUGUUGCUUGUAGGUCUUGUUGUUUGGCCACUAGCAUUGCUUACAAUGUAUUCUCGGGUUUAUUUGGGGUACCAUACGGUUGCUCAGGUUUUUGCUGGUGCCGGUCUUGGGGUUUUUCUCGGUGGGUUGUGGUUUUGGGUGGUUAAUUCUUUGCUCAUAGAGCUUUUUCCGGUGAUCGAGGAGAGUUUCUUUGGUAGAUGGUUUUAUGUUAAGGAUACAUCACAUAUACCUAAUUCGUUGAAAUUUGAGUAUGAUAAUGCUCGAGCUGCACGAAGGCAUGCGCCUUAUAAGCGUAUAGAUUGAUUCAAAAGCCAAACUUGGCGAGUGAUUUUAUCUUUCAUUGUUUAUGCUACGUUCAACUUAUGUAAACGUUUUAUUUAUUGUCAAUGUUUUGUGUUGGUCA